UAACUCCCGACUCUCUUGACCAGUCCCGAAGGGGAGAAAUUGGCGGUGCAGAUGGCGGCAACGUAGCCGCCGGCGGCGGCGGCACAGAUAUCCGGUGUGGAAUUCUCCGGCAUAGAUGGGAGGGCAUCAAAUCCACCAGUAUUGGCGUCCAUGGCUUUCGAAAACGUACGUGCUACGAGCCGAUCAUCCAGAUCCCAGGUGCUUUCAAGUGGAAGAACUAGAGCAGUGAGUAAGAAGAAACCAGUGAAGAGCAAAGAAAAAGCAAAGAUGCUAACAAUGAGUGAUCAAGUUGAUAAAAGUUUGGGAGAAAAAAAUGUUGUUGAUGAUGUUAUGCUUGAAUUUGACCAAUAUGUAAUGUAUCAUGAAAUGAAGAAGAAAAUAGAGGAAGUACUAAGUAGUCAGGAAUUGAUGUUAAGUCAAGAAAAAUUUAGCACGCAGACAGAUUUGAAUCAAUUACGCAAGAAGUUAUUACUACACAAUGUGUUGUAGAAGAUGUGACUGAGCGAGAUGAUAAUGAAGAAGAUAAAGAUGCUUUAAAUGGUCAAGACAUUGAAGAGAUAAAUUUUCUACAGCAACAAAAAUGUUUUGGAGUUUCUAGUCCUUCUUCUACUGUCAUAAGUGGAAAUCAAGAUGAUGAACUAGUAGGAGAUAAUAUAUCUUCUAUUCAAAAUGAAAAUGCAAUGAGCGUGGUGCUUGGUUCUGAUAAGGAUGCAGUUUCUUGUGAGAAUGCUCUUGAAAACACAACCCAAGAUAUUGGUAAUAGCAGUGGGGAUUCUGAUGAAGAUGAUGAUGAUAGUGUUUCAAAAGAUGAAGAGUAUAUGUUUCCAACGCCGGAUGAAAUAGAGAAGACAAAUGUGCCUCAAGUUGGAAAGGUGUUCAGUACUCUGGAUGCUGCUAAAAGGUUUGUUAAUGUAUAUGCUCUGACCAAUGGAUUCGGAAUAAAGAAAGGAAGAAACCACAAGAAUAGAAAGAUAUCUUUUGUUUGCAACAAGAGUAGGAAGACUGUGUCGACAUAUACAGGGGCAAGAAAAAGGAGGAUAAAUGUUCUUCAAAGAACGAACUGCCAAAUGCAUGUUACAGUCUGCUUGGAAGAUGGAAAAUGGCACAUUCAAUCCCAAGAUUUGAAGCAUAACCAUGAUUUGGUUUCUUCUCCAUCUCUAACACAAUUCUUCCUUAGUCAUAGAAGUAUGAAUGAUGCUGAGAAGUUAUUGUCCAGGCUCCUACAGGAACACAGAAUAAAACCUUGGAAAAUCAUGAGCAUAUUUAGGAAGCUAUGUGGUGGAAAAUUUGGGAAUAUAACUUUUGAUGUCAAGAAACUUGACAAUUUGAAGCAAGAUGACCGUGAGAAGAGAAGUAACACAGACAUAGAACACACUUUGGAUUAUAUUGAGAAGUUGCAAGUUGAUAAGCCUGGUUUUGUAUACAAAGCACAGAGACAUUCUUCCAAUUCCAUCCUUAGUUUGUUUUGGACUGAUGCAAGGUCAAGGAUGGAUUACCUGUUGUAUGGAGAUAUUAUUUCGUUUGAUACAACGUUCAGCACCAACAAAUAUAACAUGCCUUUUGCGCCAAUAAUAGGAGUUAAUGGCCACUCGAGAACAAUUGUCUUUGGCUGGGCUCUUUUGCAAGAUGAGAAAGUAGAUACUUUCAAGUGGCUAUUUGAGACAUUUGUUGAAGUGAUGGGUGGAAAGAAGCCAGGAGUUGUGCUCACUGAUCAAGAUGCUGCUAUGAAAAAAGCAGUUCCAAAGGUGUUCCCAGAUGCAUUGCACAGAUUUUGUAUUUGGCAUGUUUGGAGGAAAGCAAGGGAGAAUCUGAAAGUAUACUUUCAUUUGAAGAAAGGCAUGGAGAAGGACUUGGAUGAAUGUAUCAUGCAGUCAUUGACGGUAGAGGAGUUUGAAACCAAAUGGCAGGAAAUGCUGGAGAAGCACAGUUGUGGGAAACAUGCUCACAUCAAGCGGAUGUGGGAGAAUAGGCAGUACUUUGUUCCUGCUUACUACCAACGAGUCUUCUGUCCUUUCACUAGAUCAACAAGCAGAAGUGAGAGUUUCAACUCUAACUUUAAGGAUUAUGUUUUGAGGAAAGACACAAUUGAAACAUUUAUCCGUCCAUAUGAAUUGUUCCAGGAGAGUGUGAUACAUAUAGAAAACGAAGAUAGGUUCUUGUCUAAUGAGAAAAUUCCUGUUAUGUGGGGAUAUCAACGGUUUGAACGGCAUGCAGCUGAGAUAUAUACUAGAGCCAUAUACAGCAAGUUCCUGACAGAGAUGAUGAAUGCCACCACUUUUGGAGUGAGAGAGAUUGAGAAAGAUAAAAACUAUGAACUUAAAAGAAACUUUGAGUAUGAGAUCCCAGAAUUUGACAGGGAGAUAUUCACUGUGCAUGUAGAUCGAGCUGCUGAGCAAUUUGACUAUGAAUGUGGAAAGUUUGACAGAGAUGGAAUUUUAUGCUGCCACAUUCUGAGACUGUUUACUCAGUUUGAUUACCUCAAGAUUCCAGAAAGGUAUAUAGUGGCAAGAUGGACAAGAGAAUUCAGAGAGAUUAAGCUAAGGAAGCACAAGAUUGAUGUUCUUGGUCCACAAAGCCAAGACCAGUCACACAAUGCCGUGCGAUAUGCAAUUGUAAUGAAUACUGUUGGUGAGGUCUGUUCGGACAUUAGUCAUGAUUCUGGGUAUCGUCAAGAAUUAUUAGAUGCAGUCAAGACUGUCCACAACAAGUAUCUUGCUGGGAGAGAAGAAACAGAAGGGAACCAAGAAGCAAAUGAGAAUGAAAGGAAUAGAAAUAGUGACAAUGGCCUAAAAGAUCCUGCUGUUAAAAAGAACAAGUCUGUCAACAAAGGGAAUAGAAUGAAGCCUCGUUCAGAAAUUGAAGCUCAAAAGUGUGCUGCGCGAAAGAGAAAAAAUUCAAUAUAAAGGUGUGAGUACUAGUGCAUAAAAACGAUUAAGAAAAGUUAUUGUUGAGAUACUCUCAGGUUGAAGUUGGUAUGCUGGAUAUAAAAACAGUGGCUAUUUAUGUAGGCUAUAGCAUAGAUUGUGGUAUUACUUUUUUUAAGGGAUAUAUUCAACAAAACAUUAUUUCUUGCUGUAAUUGGAAAUGGUGCCCUUAUUGCUUAUUGAAAAUAUUAGUGUGAGGCAUAGUAAACGUCUCACUAUUUGUGUUUACAAACAAAAAAAAUUAGUUGUUGCAUUUGUGAUGUAUGAGGUACUGUUUUUUCGUUUCAUACUCAAGAUGAUGCAGUUGAAUUUAGACAUGAAAAUACAUUUUGGUUUGA